CUUUAAACCUCCAAACCCUUCCUUCACUCCCACCUCUCUUCCUCAGUCGCCAACAAUGGCCUUGCCUAUCUCCGGCACGCGCCACCUCACGCGCUCCCUCCUUCCCAGUACCACCUUAUUGGCACCUCCCAAGCUUCCUUUCUCCGUUCGCUGCGUUGGAUCUCGGCUAUCUUGCUCGACCCGGUUUACCUCAAUCCGAUCCCGAGCUAACCGGUCAGGCUCCGCAUACUCGCCGCUGAACUCCGGCUCCAACUUCAGCGACCGACCUCCGACGGAGAUGGCGCCUCUGUUUCCGGGAUGCGAUUACGAGCACUGGCUGAUUGUUAUGGAUAAGCCUGGCGGCGAGGGAGCGACGAAGCAGGAGAUGAUUGAUUGUUACGUCCAAACGUUAGCCAAAGUCGUUGGAAGUGAGGAAGAGGCGAAGAAGAGGAUUUAUAAUGUUUCUUGUGAGAGGUAUUUAGGGUUUGGGUGUGAGAUUGAUGAAGAGACUUCUACUAAGCUUGAAGGUUUGCCUGGUGUUCUGUUUGUGCUUCCAGAUUCCUACGUGGAUCCUGAGAACAAAGAUUAUGGAGCGGAGCUGUUUGUGAAUGGAGAGAUAGUGCAACGAUCACCAGAGAGGCAGAGAAGAGUUGAGCCGCAGCCUCAGAGAGCGCAAGAUAGACCGAGAUACAAUGAUAGAACUCGUUACUCUCGCCGCAGAGAAAACACACGUUGAGCUGCAACUGAAGAAGAUACAAAUACACCGUAUUGUAUCAAAUUGAAAGCGAGUACUAUAGGGUUGGUCCUGAUGAUGUUGCUGCUGCUAAACGAAGGUUCCUUCUUCCAAUUGAUAUUUUGUUGAAAUGCUUAGUUUUGAUUAAUAUGUAACAUUUUUUUUUAAUGUAAUAAUGUAAAUUGAAGUUUCCUUACUGUUUUAGAAUAAGACAUUGGGAUAUUUAGGCAUCAAAGAACGUUUUCUUAUACAGUUU